AUGCGCCAGCAUGAGCAUGUUUGCAGCAACCUGUUUGCAUCUCGUGUUCAGACAAAUCAAGCAAAACCCUCUUGCUCUCACCGAAACUCCGAACUCUCAUUGUUUCGUGCUGGUGAGGUAGGUAUCUGCAGCGGAGUGAUUGGGAGCGUUUUGAUGUUGACCAUGGACCUUAAGAAGUUUGCGGCACGGAUGCUCUUUAUGUGUGCGUUGUGGAAACAGGCUUGGCAGAUGACACCGCACGAUGUCAGCCUGGCAUGGUGCAGAGCAGAC